AUGGCAUGUGUAAAUGCAUGUGGUCAGCAAAUGCCACCUAUGUUAAUUGCAAAAGGCAAAACAAAGAGGUCACUACACUCUUUUAACACCACCGCCAGUCCGUCUGGUACUGUUUGGACAUAUCAGAAGAACGGUUGGAUAACUGACGAAAUAGGAGAGCAGUGGUUUGAUGAGCUUUUUCUCAGAAACUGUGGUCCAGAACGCCCCCAAUUAUUGAUAAUCGAUGGCCACUCUAGUCAUGAAUCUUUAGCUAUAAUUGAAAGGGCUAUCGAUGAGAAUAUUAUGCUCCUUACUCUACCACCUCAUUGCACUCAUUACCUCCAGCCUUUAGACAGAACUGUUUUUGGUCCUCUUAAGCGUGCAUACAAUGAGGCCUGUUCUGCAUUUAUGCAGGAUCAUCCAUUACAUUUAGUAAAUAAGUGGACAUUCCCUGCAUUAUUAAAAGAGGCUUGGAGUACAGCUCUUAAUGAAUCAAACAUUAUGUCUGGAUUUAGAGCCUGUGGCAUCGUGCCAUUUAACAGAAAUGUUAUACCCUCAAGUGCCUUCUUGCCAAGUAAACCAACAGACAUAAGCCCAACUUUAUCUUUACACAAUGAAUCCCAGACAACAAGUGAGAUAUGUCCAGUAGAUUCGUCCAGUGAUUUAGGUUUAAGUUCUGUUCUUGACAUCAGUGAUCCGUCACAGCUUAUGGAUUUGAUCAACAGUGGAGAUGUAUUUGUACAAGAUCUUGAUACAUCAUUCCCUUACGAUGAAGUGUCGUCCAUUAACACAAAUGUACUUGAAAAUAAUAACCCACAACCUAUCGAAUCUGACGAGUCGGUUAAUCAAUGCCUUGAUGAGUUGUUUACACCAAAAGUAGCAAAAAGCCGUCCACAGUCAUCAAGAGUGAAAAAAAGAAAAGGCUUCUACAGACACAAAAGUUGCAAAGGGUACUCAAGACGCAAAUGA